GAGCCACUGACCCGCCCGAGCUGCCAUCGCCAUCCCCUGCCCGAGGGGCGGGGCCUCGCGCCUACUAGACCAAUGGGAUCGCACCGCCCCGGGCCCCGCCCACGGGGCGGAGCGUGUGCGCGCAGGCGCACGGCGCGGCCGGGCGGGCCGGCUGGCUGGGAAGAUGGCGGCGGGAGUUUUGGCCGCCGCCGCCGUCGCCACGGAGCGGGCCCGGGGUGUCCGGGGUGCUCUGGCCGGUGCCGGGGCCGGGCCAUGAGCGCGCCGCCCUCGAGUCCUCGAGCCGCGGAGCCCGCCCGCCCCCCACAGGCUGCCCGCGCCCCUCGCCAUGGCCCGGCUCGCGGAUUACUUCGUGCUGGUGGCGUUCGGGCCGCACCCGCGCGUGGUCCUUGAGGGUGGUCUUGAUCUUACCCCUGCUUCAGAGUGGAACCAAGCACCUGCUGUGGAGUCACAGAGGGGGAGUGGGGAAGGCCAGGGCCGGAUCCUGCAGCGCUUCCCGGAGAAGGACUGGGAGGACAACCCGUUUCCCCAGGGCAUCGAGCUGUUCUGCCAGCCCAGCGGGUGGCAGCUUUGUCCCGAGAGGAGCCCGCCCACCUUCUUUGUGGCCGUCCUCACCGACAUCAACUCUGAGCGGCACUACUGCGCCUGCCUGACCUUCUGGGAGCCGGUGGAGACCCCACAGGAGGCAGCGCGUGCCGAGGACUCUGUGGGCAGGGAAGAGGCUCUGGAGGAGGGGGGUCGUGCGCAGCUGUCACCCACUGCCCUGGCCCCUGCUGGCCAGCUGUUUGCUCCUAAGACCCUGGUGCUGGUGUCCCGGCUGGACCACGUGGAGGUGUUCAGGAACAGCCUGGGGCUCAUCUACACGGUCCACAUCGAGGGCCUGAACGUGUCCUUGGAGAGCGUUAUUGGGAACCUGCUUACGUGCACCAUCCCCCUCGCUGGGGGCUCUCAGAGAACCAUCUCCCUGGGGGCCGGUGACCGGCAGGUUAUCCAGACCCCCCUCACCGACUCCCUGCCCGUCAGCUGCUGCAGCGUGGCCCUUCUCUUCCGCCAGCUGGGCAUCACCAACGUGCUGUCUUUGUUCUGUGCGGCACUCACCGAGCACAAGAUCCUCUUCCUGUCCCGCAGCUACCAGCGGCUUGCAGACGCCUGCCGCGGCCUCCUGGCACUGCUGUUCCCCCUCAGAUACAGCUUCACCUACGUGCCCAUCCUGCCGGCCCAGCUGCUGGAGGUCCUUAGCACGCCCACGCCCUUCAUCAUCGGGGUCCACGCGGCCUUCCAGGCGGAGACCCAGGAGCUGCUGGAUGUGAUUGUCGCUGACCUUGAUGGAGGGACGGUGACCGUCCCUGAGUGUGUGCAUGUUCCACCCCUGCCAGAGCCCCUACAGAGCCAGACGCACAGCGUGCUGAGCACGGUCCUGGACCCAGAGCUAGAGUUGGCCGAUCUUGCCUUCCCACCCCCCACGAUGCCUACUUCUUCCCUGAAGAUGCAGGACAAGGAGCUGCGCGCUGUCUUCCUGCGGCUCUUUGCCCAGCUGCUGCAGGGCUAUCGCUGGUGCCUGCACAUUGUCCGCAUCCACCCGGAGCCUGUCAUACGCUUCCAUAAGGCCGCCUUUCUGGGCCAGCGGGGGCUGCUGGAGGAUGACUUCCUGAUGAAGGUGUUGGAAGGCAUGGCCUUUGCCGGCUUCGUGUCAGAGCGGGGGGUCCCUUACCGUCCAACGGACCUGUUUGACGAGCUGGUGGCCCACGAGGUGGCGCGGAUGCGGGCCGACGAGAACCACCCCCAGCGCGUCCUGCGCCACGUCAAGGAGCUGGCGGAACAGCUCUACAAGAAUGAGAACCCCUACCCAGCUGUGGCAAUGCACAAGGUGCAGCGGCCAGCAGAGGCCAGUCACCUGCGGCGGGCACCCCGGCCCUUCCCACGCCUGGAUGAGGGCACCGUGCAGUGGAUCGUGGACCAGGCCACGGCCAAGAUGCAGGGUGCACCCCCGGCCGUGAGGGCUGAACAGAGGACCACGGUGCCCUCAGGGCCUCCCAUGACUGCCAUAUUGGAGCGGAGCAGUGGGCUCCAUGCCAACAGCGCCCGCCGGCUGGAGGUGGUUCGCAACUGCAUCUCCUACGUGUUCGAGGGGAAGAUGCUCGAGGCCAAGAAGCUGCUCCCGGCCGUGCUGAGGGCCCUCAAAGGGCGCGCUGCCCGCCGCUGCCUCACCCAGGAGCUGCACCUGCAUGUGCAGCAGAACCGGGCGGUUCUGGACCACCAGCAGUUCGACUUCGUUGUCCGAAUGAUGAACUGCUGCCUGCAGGACUGCACCUCCACUGAUGAGCAUGGCACCGCCGCCGCCCUGCUGCCACUGGUCACUGCCUUCUGUCGGAAGCUGAGCCCGGGGGUGACGCAGUUUGCAUACAGCUGCGUGCAGGAGCACGUGGUGUGGAGCACGCCGCAGUUCUGGGAGGCCAUGUUCUACGGGGACGUGCAGACCCACAUCCGAGCCCUGUACCUGGAGCCCUCUGAGGACCAACCCCCCUCACAGGUCGGGGAGGCCCCGGUACACGAGGAGCCUCCGUCUGCCCUGGACGUGGCCUCGGAGCAGCGGCGCCUGUGGCCGACUCUCAGCCGGGUGAAGCAGCAGGAGCUGGUGCAGAAGGAGGAGAGCACGGUGUUCAGCCAGGCUGUCCACUACGCCAGCCGCAUGAGCUACCUCCUGCUGCCCCUGGACAGCAGCAAGAGCCGCCUGCUGCGGGAGCGCGCGGGGCUGGGCGACCCCGAGAGUGCCGCCAACAGCCUGGUCACCAGCAGCAUGGCAGGCAGCGUGGCUGACAGCUACGACACGGAGAGCGGCUUCGAGGAUGCCGAGACCUCGGACGUGGCCGGGGCCGUGGUCCGCUUCAUCAACCGCUUUGUGGACAAGGUCUGCACGGAGAGCGGGGUCACCAGCGACCACCUCAAGGGGCUGCACGUCAUGGUGCCAGACAUUGUGCAGAUGCACAUCGAGACGCUGGAGGCGGUGCACCGGGAGAGCAGGAGGCUGCCGCCCAUCCAGAAGCCGAAGCUGCUGCGGCCCCGCCUGCUGCCCGGUGAGGAGUGCGUGCUGGACGGUCUGCGGGUCUACCUGCUCCCGGACGGGCGCGAGGAGGGCGCAGGGGGCACUGUGGGGGGCCCUGCCCUGCUCCCAGCAGAGGGCGCCAUCUUCCUCACCACGUACCGGGUCAUCUUCACGGGGAUGCCCACCGACCCCCUGGUGGGGGAGCAGGUGGUGGUGCGCGCCUUCCCCGUGGCCGCCCUGACCAAGGAGAAGCGCAUCAGCGUGCAGACCCACAUGGACCAGUUCCUGCAGGAUGGGCUGCAGCUGCGCGCCUGCACAUUCCAGCUGCUGAAGAUGGCGUUUGACGAGGAGGUGGGCUCCGAGAGCGCCGAGCUCUUCCGCAAGCAGCUGCACCGGCUGCGCUACCCCCCUGACGUCAGGGGCACCUUCGCCUUUGCCUCGGGCGCUGCACACACGCCAGGCCGGGCGGGCCGGGUGCCCAAGGACAAGGGUCCCUCCCUCAGGACCCUGUCCCGGAACCUGGUGAAGAACGCCAAGAAGACCCUCGGGCGGCAGCACGUGGCGCGCAGGAAGGACAGCUCCCCCAGCCGGGAGCUCCGGGGCCAGCCCCCCGCCGAGGACCAGGAGGACGAGAUCUCGGUGUCAGAGGAGCGGGAGCCCAGCACGCUGACCCCCAGCGCCGCCCUGAAGCCCGCGGAGCGCCUGACGCUGAGCAGCCUGGUGGAGCGGGCCUGCUGCCGCGACUACCAGCGCCUCGGCCUGGGCACCCUGGGCAGCAGCCUGAGCCGGGCCAAGUCCGAGCCGUUCCGCGUCUCCCCGGUCAACCGCAUGUAUGCCAUAUGCCGCAGCUACCCGGGGCUGCUGAUCGUGCCCCAGAGCGUCCAGGACAACGCCCUGCAGCGUGUUUCCCGUUGCUACCGGCAGAACCGCUUCCCUGUGGUGUGCUGGCGCAGUGAGCGCUCCAAGGCCGUGCUGCUGCGCUCCGGGGGCCUGCACGGCAAGGGCGUCGUCGGCCUCUUCAAGGCCCAGAACGCACCGUCCCCAGGCCAGCCCCAGGCGGACUCGAGCUUGGAGCAGGAGAAGUACCUGCAGGCCGUGGUUGGCGCCACGCCCCGUCACGCCGACACGUCCGGGCGCAACACGCUCAGCGGCUUCUCUUCGGCCCACCUGGGCAGCCACGUGCCCAGAGCCAGGGUCACCACGCUGUCCACUCCCAUGGCGGCCUCGGUCUCCAGAUGGACCGCGCCCCGAGGGAAGUGGGGCAGCAUCCGAGCCAGCGGGCGCAGCGGGGGCUCCAGCGUGGGCGUGGACGUGGGUUCCCGCUUGGCAGGGAGAGACAUGCUGGGCCCCCCCCAGCCCAAUGGGGCCCCCCCUGACCCAGGCUUCCUGCGGCCCCAGCGUGCAGCGCUCUACAUCGUCGGGGACAAAGCUCAGCUCAAGGGUGUGCGGCCGGACCCCCUGCAGCAAUGGGAGCUGGUGCCCAUUGAGGUCUUCGAGGUGCGGCAGGUGAAGGCCAGCUUCAAGAAGCUGCUCAAGGCUUGCGUCCCUGGCUGCCCAGCCGCUGAGCCUGGCCCCGCCUCCUACCUGCGCUCGCUGGAGGACUCGGAGUGGCUGAGCCAGAUUCACAAGCUGCUGCAGGUGUCGGUGCUGGUGGUGGAGCUCCUGGACUCGGGCUCCUCAGUUCUCGUGAGCUUGGAGGACGGCUGGGACAUCACCACCCAGGUGGUGUCCCUGGUGCAGCUGCUGUCAGACCCCUUCUACCGCACCCUGGAGGGCUUCCGGCUGCUGGUGGAGAAGGAGUGGCUGUCUUUCGGCCAUCGCUUCAGCCACCGUGGGGCCCACACACUGGCUGGGCAGAGCAGCGGCUUCGCACCCAUUUUCCUGCAGUUCCUGGACUGUGUGCACCAGGUGCAUCUCCAGUUCCCCAUGGAGUUCGAGUUCAGCCAGUUCUACCUCAAGUUUCUCAGCUACCACCACGUGUCCCGCCGCUUCCGCACCUUCCUGCUGGACUCGGACUAUGAGCGCAUCGAGCUGGGGCUGCUGUACGAGGAGAAGGGGGACCGCAAGGCCCAGCAGGUGUGCAGGUCCGUGUGGGAGCACAUGGACCGGCUGAGCAAGAAGACGCCCAUGUUCUACAACUACCUGUACGCACCUGAGGACGCGGAGGUCCUGCGGCCCUACAGCAACGUGUCCAACCUGAAGGUGUGGGACUUCUACACGGAGGAGACGCUGGCCGAGGGCCCCCCGUACGACUGGGAGCUGGCCCGGGGCCCCCCUGAGCCUCCCGAGGAGGAGCGGCCCGACAGCAGCGCACCGCAGAGCCGGCGCCGGGUGGUGUGGCCCUGCUACGACAGCCGCCCCCGGGCCCAGCCCGACGCCAUCUCCCGCCUGCUGGAGGAGCUGCAGCGGCUGGAGACGGAGCUGGGUCGGCCCCCCGAGCGCUGGAAGGACACCUGGGACCACGUGAAGGCGGCCCAGCGCCUGGAAGCCCGGCCGGACGGGCGUGGCACCCCCGGCUCCCUGCUGGCGUCCAGCGCGCCGCACCCCCGCCGCUCGCUGGGGGUCUACUUGCGGGAGGGGCCGGUGGGCUCCACACUGAGCCUCAGCCUGGACAGUGACCAGAGCGGCGGCUCCACGGCGUCCAGCUCCCGCCAGGCCGCCCGGCGCAGCACCAGCACCCUCUACAGCCAGUUCCAGACGGCCGAGAGCGAGAACAGGUCCUACGAGGGGACGCUGUACAAGAAGGGGGCCUUCAUGAAGCCCUGGAAGGCGCGCUGGUUCGUGCUGGACAAGACCAAGCACCAGCUGCGCUACUACGACCACCGGGUGGACACGGAGUGCAAGGGCGUCAUCGACCUGGCUGAGGUGGAGUCCGUGGCGCCCGGCGCGCCCACCAUAGGCGCCCCCAAGACGGUGGGCGAGAAGGCCUUCUUCGACGUGAAGACCACGCGCCGCGUUUACAACUUCUGCGCCCAGGACGUGCCGUCGGCCCAGCAGUGGGUGGACCGCAUCCAGGGCUGCUUAUCGGACGCCUGAGCGCCCCGGGCCGCGCUUCCAGUCGCCGGAACCACUCGGGGGUGGGCAGGGCCGCCCCUGCCAUGUUUACAGGCCCCCCCCUCCCGGCAGUAUUGACGCUCCGUCCCCUGCACUGAGCGCACACAGCCCCGACCCCGGCCCCUGACCUCAGUCUCCGGCCCCGCGCUAACUUAUUCGCGUGUCCUGGGCUCGGAGGCCGUGCCGGGGACGGCCACGGUACAGGCCCGCGGGGGCUUGUAAAUAUUCCCGCCCCGUCUGUAAAUGCCGCUGGCCCGGCCGGUCGCGCCGCCGCCCUGGAGCGAGUCCAUAAAGAGAACUAACCCGG